UGUGCCAGUGUUGAACGGCAGGGUGAAGUGAAAACAUUAACAAUGAUUAGCAAAAAUGUCGUGAUCCUCGCUGCCGUAGUGUUGUGCUGUGUUUACGAAUCAAAAGGAGUUAUCGAUGGACCUGAAAUCAACAAUGUUGAUGAAGACAACAAGAAUAUAACUAGUUCUGACCGUACUGGCAGAUCAGGACCUCUGCACAAAGAAUGCAGUAGCUUGCUAAGUUCAAAGUGCUUGAAAAUCCACAUGUUGUCCUUUAUCGAGCAUCUGAGCUCUCGUGAUGAACUUCCCCUGAUACCUGGCCUCAGCAUUGUGAAAGAGAAUCAGACUGCAAGCCUGAGCCCUGAGGAAAUGGCCGCUGAGCUAUCUAGACAGUUUCCAGGAAAACCUGAAGAAAAACUUAACAGGUUCCUGUUGUAUCGUCUGCAAGACUAUUUAGAUGGCCAUUCUUUAAGAUAUAGACUGCUUGACCCACAGACGACGAAGGAAGCUAUGGAAAUGGCCAAAGGAGAUAAAGAAUCUGUGGGAAGGAAAGCUGGAGGUGGUGGUGGUGGCGGCGGACUCGGCGGUGGAAAAGGAGGUGGCGGUGCUCUGCUAGCUGCUGCUUUGAUGAUGAAAGGAACACUAGCCGCUGCAGCUUUAGGAGCUCUAGCCCUUUUAGCAGGCAAAGCUCUUAUGACAGCACUGAUGUCAUUACUUCUAUCAGCCCUGGUCGGCCUCAAAGGACAUGGUGGCCACAAAUCAACAACAUACGAGAUCAUCACCAAGCCAGAAGUGUCUCAUCAUCAUUCCCACAGCCAUGAGGAGCAUCAUGAACACGAACAUGGUCAUCAUGGAGGCUACAGACGGGCGUACGAUUUAGGCUACAAUAGCUACAUGCCUUAUGAAACUACUACUAGUUAAUAACUUGAAAUUGUAACAGCCUAUAUAAGCCAAUCCUUUGCUUAAUUUUCUCUUUAAAU